CCGCCGCCGCUGGCGCGCGCGGCGUGAAAAUGCACGCGCCCAGGAUCUGCAACGGGCCCAACAGGCGCGCACAGGGCUCGUGUAAAGAACGCGGUGGAAACCACCUCCAAACCGUCGCCAUCUAAUUCAUUAUUUCGGGCCAUCGACUACUUAUGAGCAUCUCUAAUUUUGCAGACGUGGCACUUGAUAAAUCCUUAUUAAGCACUUCUGUGCGAAGUGAUAAAUGAUUGAGAUGCCGCCUCUCCUCCAAAGGUUAUAGCCUAAAAGAGUGACCCCGGUACCGCAACAGCCACUUCUAGAGAUCUUCUUUCUUCUUUCUCUCUCUUUCUUUCCUUCUUUCCUCUCUUGUUUUGCCGCAGCGGCGGCUUGUGGAAGUUCCCGGGCCAGGGAACGAACCUGCGCCACAGAAGCGACCUGGACCCCUGCAGUGACAACGCCAGAUCCUUAACCCACUGUGCCACAAGUGCACUCCUGGAGACCUUACUUUUAUCCCGUCAAACCUAUCCGUGCCUUGACAACAGGCUCUAUGUGAAGCCCUGAGGCUCGCGUAGUUAAAUAGAGUUAAAGCAAGGAAAGUUUGCUUUAGCUAGCAAUUUUCCAAGCACAGCAACUGGAUUCUUCUGUCUCUUGACAUCCUCAUUCUCUCAUAGCUUUGAGAAAUCCUUUUGUUAGAUGCCAGAGAGAAGAACAUUUCUGGGGCAUCUUUUAGGAAUUUUUUCCACAACUGAAAUCUUUUGCAGAAGACCCGUACAAUGGGACGUCGACGUUUUUCACCGAAGACUCAGGAUUGCAAAUCCAGCGCUCCUUGGCAUACUCUGCGGUGCUUCACGCUGUAUUCCUGAUAGUUUCUUCCGAGGGGCCUCCCGCGUUGGACCGCCAGGUGGCGCCCUUCUCCGAGGGACUUCACCUCAGUCGCAGGGGGCGGGGCUGUUGCCUGGCAACUGAAAUCGGGCGUUCCAAACAAUUGGGACCCGCGAUUCUCCGCGCGCGAAGGUGUGUGCGGCUGCGCGGGCCUCUCGUCCCUCUAAAGAGCGUCUCGCUCGGCAUUUUACCAUGCCUCUCACCCGAGACCCUUUCCAGCAUUCCACUUUGGAUAACGAUGAUUCCUACUUGGGAAAAAUACGGGCUUCCAAGAAACUGCCAUAUAAGAACCCAACUCACCUCGCUCAGCAACAGGAACCCUGGUGUCGGCUCAGCUCAACUGCCACAAUCACCUCAAUGAGGCGGGAUGCUUGUUUUUUUGAUCCUGAGAUACCGAAGGAUGACCUGGAUUUCCGCUUGUCAGCCUUAUACAACCACCACUCGGGGACAUUCAAGAACAAGAGCGAGAUACUGAUACACCAGGAGACCAUCCAGGAUACGCAUGGUGUCCCCCCACACUGCAGCUACCAACAGAGGUUAUUCCCGGAAGAAUGACGGUGGCUUUUUCUCCACCUAAGUGUUGACAGGCCCCAGACUAAUUAAUCGUGUGGGACAUCCUUCGCCCGCCUACAUUAAAGAGGUUUGUGUAAGACGAAGCCGUUGUGUGUUAUCCACAGACUGCAAGGUGCCACUUGACUACUCUUGAAAUAUGGACAUUUCUCAACUUCCAGAAACUAGUCCUGGUGGGCAUAUUUGCAACUCAGAAAGUGAUCUUGCCAAAAAGAUACAGAUCUAGGACAAAACAGCACUGUUUUUGGCAGGAGACAGGGAUUCACAUUUUGUCAGCUGGAGUCAAUCCAACCAACAGAUAUCACCCAUUCGACAUUUCUUGCAAACCUUUAUGUGUCUGGCACUAAGUGUUGGGGAAACAAUGAGCUUAUAAACACUGUAAUUUUAGUAGCACUAACAUUCAUGCUGAGGUCAGACUUAACUGAUUUCAGACCUCCUGGAUUUAGUCACCUGAUGGAUUCUACCUUCCCAUGAGGACUCUAUCUUCCUGGUGCUGGCUCCUUGCCAUUGUUCAUUCUCUUCCCUCUGCUACUUUUUGCCUGGGAGUCAAUUCCCUUUUCUCUGCCUUGAUUUGUGCUGUGAUAUAUAGCC